UCAUACCAUACAAUAUACCAAAGAAUUUAUAGGAGGAGUCGGUGGAGCUGACAAAUUCUUUGCCCCCUUUUUCCAUAAAAGUAAAAAAGCAAAAAGCAAAAAGCAAAUCCCUAAUUUCAGAGAAAAUCUUCAUAACUGUCAAAGUUUAUCGAAUCAUUCAUCCAUCCGGAGUUCAAUGGAUUUAGAGGAUUCAUAUGGAGAUUCCUUAAGAACAUGCAAAUUGCUCCGCCUAAGCAGAGAGAGAGAAGAGAGAAACAAAAAAAGUACGGCAAAAGCAAAAAGCAUUAGCAACGACCCCCCACACUGUACCAUUCUGCAGGUGAUAGGCAUGCCAAUGAUGGAGUAGUUCUUAAACCAGUCCCCAUUUAUAUCAUCAGCCAUGAAUCUCAACUUCCGGACUCAUUUCUCUACCCUUCCCCAAAAAAUGAGUUGGUUGUUGGACUUGACUGCGAGGGUGUUGACCUUGGUAGAUAUGGAGCUCUCUGUAUUGUGCAGUCAGUUGCAAGUUUGGGAAUCAAACACACCAAAUCUUAAAAAGGCUACCUAAUGCAAUGGAUAAGAAGAAUUAUGGAGAAGAAGAGAGCAGAAGAAUGAGAAGAGAAAGGAGAAACAAGAAGCACAGAAGAGAAAGCAAAGAAUAAUGUUGUGGCAGGAGAGGGAGAGAUAAGAGACGAAGGAGAUAAUAUUCACCAAAAACUAAAAACUAAUCCCUUCACUGACUCAUGUCUUCUCUUAUAUGAGAGUGAGCACAGCCUCUCGCAUGCCCCUAAUUAGUUUGGUUCAUGACAGUACUUUGAAAUUGACCUGUCCUCAAGGUCAUGGAGGAGACGCAUAGAAAUCAGCUGUUAUUUACUUUUUAAUGCCAGGUAAAAGUGAACCCCCACAAAAAUGCCAAUGAUAAUUAUGCAACCGGAUGAGCUUACCAACUGAAGUCUUCUCAGGCUGCCUAUCAACUAUAGCAUCAGCCUUUUGUAAUCUUUAAAAUUGUAGCAAGAGAUACUGUCAUCCUUGCAUAGGUGCCAAGCACAGUCAUCCCACAAAACUCAGUUUUAAGGCCACCCUCUUUAUAAUAGCAACUUGUUAGUACCGACCAAGAAACUAUAUUCUUCUCCAUUAAAUCAUCAUCAAAUAUAUUCUUGUACUCCCAACAAACACCAUAGCAGUAUGUCUUCAAAAUUGUCAGUAACCAUGAUACCAUAUAUGAAGUUCUGAAUCCAUAGUGCAAUCCGGCUGAACAGUCAUUCUGUAGGGCAUCAAUUAAACCCUGGAAAUGCCUCUUACCUUCUUCCUUUGCAUUCUUGACCAGUCGCUAAACAGGUACUAGUCUAAUCGGGGAAGUAAACAGAGAGCAAUGAGGAAUCAACAGUGGCUUUACCAUAAAUCAGGUUACUAGCAAACCACCUCCAGUAGUAAGCAUAGAAUUCUCAUUUCCGAAAAAUUCCUUCGGCUCGUUGAACUUUCCAAAGAUUUCAAGUGGAGGUAUGAGAAACUCAUUGCCUACCUCAAUGUGCUUGCGGCUUAACAAUUUUCUGACACAGGCACAUCUUGAAGCUUCGAGGGCUCAAUAAUAGGGGUUCGUUAGGCACGUCACUCUGGUGAUUUUUGUUGCACGACAUCAUCUAUUGAUCUGAAGACACCUUCACUUGACGGAGCCUCCUGAUCACCUGAUAACUUGUACAUAUUUUACACGUGACGAAAUACCGCACCAAUAAAUUGAAAGGUAAGCAUUGCUUGUGAGCUGAAGGUGGUAGCUGAACCAGUAGCAAUAUUAUCCUUGAGAUUUAUGGUUGAAAAUGGCUGUUACCUCUGAAGAACUUACUCAAGAAAACCCAACUGACAGAUUUCCUUUGCUCAUGGAGCAAGCAGAAAAUCGUGAGCGGAAUGAACAUGUUAUUGAUGUAGAACAAGGAAGUGGUCCCUCAUCAUCAGGUUCAUCUGUAAAUGAUUUUCCUCAUGACUUGGAAAUGUCCAACCAUGAAAAUAGACAUUCCUCAUCUUCAUCCGAUGAAUCAAAUUCUCAAAGCCCUACUAGCGCUAGGAGAGGUGAAGGUUCUGAUCGUCGUUGGAGCCCAUUUAAUACCCUGUUGUGGCUUUCAAUUGAGCUAAUAUUCACUUUAGGACAGAUCGUUGCAGCCAUUGUUGUUUUAUCCUUGUCAAGAGAGGAAAACCCAGAAACCCCAUUAUUUGCUUGGAUUGUCGGUUAUGCAACUGGAUGUGCAGCAAGCCUUCCUUUACUGUACUGGCGUUAUCUUCUCCGUUACCAAGCCACGAAUCAGAGAUCAGCUCAACUGCAUCAAGGCUCACCCCAAGUCAAUUCCACUGCGGAGCCAAAUUCUUAUAUUACUAUCUCUUUAACUCGGUCCUCAAAUGAGGAAGAUGGUAGGACCACACCUACAGAUAUUUGGUCCAGGCAAAGCAAUGCAAGACUUGGUUCACUGGUAGAUCAUUUCAAGAUGGCCUUGGAUUGCUUCUUCGCGGUGUGGUUUGUCGUUGGCAAUGUUUGGAUCUUUGGGGGGCACUCAUCUUCUUCUGAGGCUCCCAAUAUGUACAGAUUAUGUAUAGCUUUUCUUACCAUUAGUUGCAUUGGAUAUGCUAUGCCUUUCAUCUUGUGUGCGAUGAUAUGCUGUUGCCUGCCUUGUAUUAUUUCAAUCCUUGGUGUUCGCGAGAACAUGCAUGGAGUGAGAGGAGCCACAGAAGAGUCCAUCAAUGCUCUUCCCACACUUAAGUACAGGGCCAAGACAGAUGGAACUGGGGGCAAUGAAAGUAAAAAUCCAGGAGGUGAGGAAGGUGGUUGUGUAGCUGCCGGCACCGAGAAGGAACGUGCCAUCUCAGGGGAAGAUGCGGUAUGUUGUAUUUGCUUAGCAAAAUAUGAGGACAACGACGAGCUGAGGGAAUUGCCUUGCUCGCAUUUCUUCCAUACCCAAUGUGUAGAUAAAUGGCUGAAGAUUAAUGCCUCUUGCCCACUUUGCAAAUCUGAAAUUGACGCCAAGAACACAGACCAACCUUCUGUAGAAGAGGAACCCCUUCAACAAUCCUAAGGUGAUACAGAAACCAACUUCUUAUGGUCAAAACAGAAGAUCAUUGCGCCUUACAUACCUUAUCCUCCGGCUCACAUUUACUACCAUGAAUCAAUAGUACUUUGAGAGUUCGAUCUGCAAAGAUAGUGAGGGUAAGAAGAUAAAAUCAAUAUCACAAUGAUGAAUUCCGAGUCAUAGGGGAAAUUCUUCACACCCCCGGAUGCCAUUGGUAAUCUGAGCUGGCUACCUUCUUGCUGCUGCUUCUUCUCUAGUUGUAGUUCAUAUGAUGAUUGCCAGAUUUUCUGGUUGAACUCAUUACCUCCGGGAAACUCAACAACUCAUCAUGCCUCACCAGCUAUGUUACUCGGAAUUUUCAAAAAUGUUGUAGCACUUUGUGUUAGGGUCUUCAAAAAAUGCAUAGCUUUUGGAAGAUCUGCAUUAGGUGAUAAUUUUUGAGUUGUUUAUCGUCUAAGCAAAAUAGCGCACACCAAUUACUUCCAUAUCCCCCACUCUCUCUGUAUAAAUAAACUGCCAAGUCUACAGUCCAAGGUAAAUUGUACUUGUGAAGUUGUAUCUAUGUUCAGCAAUAAUCUGACACAGUUUAUUUAAAAGAAUUUUAGGUACUGUCGGACGUUUCAAUAACAA